AUGAUGGCAUUUGAGCAGUUACCAAAAAAGGAUUGGUACAGCAUUCUGGGAGCAGACCCAUCUGCAGAUGUGUCAGACCUAAAACAAAAGUAUCAAAAGCUCAUACUGAUGUAUCAUCCAGAUAAACAAAGUACAGAUGUGCCAGCAGGAACAGUGGAGGAAUGUAUACAGAAGUUCAUCGAAGUUGAUCAGGCAUGGAAAAUUCUAGGGAAUGAAGAGACAAAAAAAGAGUAUGACCUGCAGCGGCAUGAUGAUCAUUCUUUUUUUCUGAGUUGCCGAUGUGGUGGAAAAUACAGUGUUUCCAAAGAUGAAGCAGAAGAAGUUAACCUGAUUUCUUGUGAUACAUGUUCACUAAUUAUAGAACUACUUCAUUAUAGCUAA